AUGUCCAAAGAGGCCCCCUCCGAGGCUGGGACCAAGUCUCUUCAAUUACCACGCUCCAUCCCCUUCUGGCGUCUCGUCACUGAGCCUGGUGUCAUCACUCAAGAUGUUGCCGACUAUCCUUAUACCGGAUCGGGAACCGAAGAUGAUCCUUACUCCGUCAACUGGUUGCCCAACGACUUUCGAAACCCUCUUCAGCUGAAAACCUCACUCAAAUGGUUCAUUACCGUGGUUGCUGCCCUCGAAACCCUCGUGGUGGCUCUCGUCUCCUCCGCCUACACAGGUGGUAUUGUUCAAAUCGAGGAACAGUUCGGUGCCACCACCGAGAUUGCCACACUGGGUGUUUCCCUGUAUGUUCUUGGUUUCGCCCUGGGCCCUCUCAUUUGGGCCCCCAUGAGUGAGAUGUUCGGUCGUCAGUCUGUUUUCAUUGGCACAUAUUGCGGUUUGACCAUCUUCUGUGCCGCUUGCAUAGGCGCCAAGAAUAUUGAGACCCUGCUCGUCUUCCGUUUCUUGUCCGGUGCCUUUGGUUCCUCUCCUUUCACCAACUCAGGCGGUGUCAUUGCCGACAUGUUCAUGGCUCGCGAGCGAGGACUGGCUCUGUCUGCCUUCGCAUUGGCUCCCUUCCUCGGACCUGUCAUUGGCCCCAUUGCCGGUGGCUUCCUCGGCAUGGCUGCUGGCUGGCAGUGGGUGAUGGGCCUGUUGGCCAUUCUGUGUGGUGUGAUGUGGAUCUUGGGAGCUACGCUGAAGCCCGAGACCUAUGCCCCAGUCCUUCUUCGUCAGCGUGCAAAGACUCUUUCAAAACUCACUGGCCAAGUCUACGUUAGCAAAUUGGAUAUCGAUCAAGGACGUGUCACUCUGAAGGCUGCGUUGAAGACAUCUAUGUCUCGCCCGCUGAUUCUUUUGUUUCAGGAGCCUAUCGUCUUGCUCCUUUCUAUUUAUCUCGCCAUCAUUUACGGAACUCUCUAUAUGCUUUUCGGUGCAUUCCCUAUUGUGUAUGAGCUUCACCGUGGAUGGAACCAAGGUGUUUCCGGUCUUGCAUUCCUCGGUGUUAUGAUCGGUAUGCUCGGUGCAAUCGCAUACUCGAUCCCAGAAAACACUCGCUAUAUCAAGCUUCUUGAGAAGAAGGGUGGCUAUGCGCCCCCAGAGGCUCGUCUUCCGCCAUGCAUGCUGGCUUCUAUCGCCCUCCCUGUUGGUCUAUUCUGGUUCGCCUGGACCAAUUCUCCCAACGUACACUGGCUUGCAAGCAUCGCUGCUGGUGUUCCUUUCGGAUUUGGCAUGGUUCUUGUCUUCCUCAGUGUCUUCAACUAUCUGAUUGAUGCGUACACCAUCUUCGCGGCAUCCGUUUUGGCCGCCAAUUCCCUUCUGCGGUCCAUGUUCGGAUUCGCAUUCCCACUCUUCACUAGCUACAUGUAUCAGAACCUCGGAAUCCACUGGGCUUCCUGUGUUCCAGCCUUCCUCGCUCUCGCCUGUGUUCCAUUCCCCUUCUUGCUCUACAAGUACGGGUCCUCUAUCCGCACGCAUUGCAAGUACUCAGCGCAGUCAGAAGCCUUUGUGCAAAGCCUUCUCCAAGGUGCAAAGCAGGUCCCCGAGGAGCCUACUGAGACUGAGACUGAGAGCCGCCCACAGGUAUCCUCAAAUGACGAAGCACUGUCACAUUCUCAAAAGAAGGAGACAUCUGCUGAUGUUCAGUCCAUCCACCAAACCCUGUCGCGCACUUCUACAAAUGGCACACACACGAUGCAGCGGGUGCCUACGUAUGAGGCUAAUCCUUAUAACAUUGACCGUGUCCACACGCGGGAGUCGUUCAAAUAA